CAAAGAAUUGAAAUACACAAGCUUCGUCAAGGUGACAAUUUGAUUCUGGGAUUCAGCAUCGGAGGUGGCAUCGAUCAGGAUCCUACGCAGAAUCCUUUCUCUGAAGACAAGACCGACAAGGGUAUCUAUGUAACAAGGGUGACAGAAGGAGGCCCAGCAGAAGUUGCAGGACUUCAGAUUGGAGAUAAGAUCAUGCAGGUGAAUGGCUGGGACAUGACAAUGGUGACCCAUGACCAAGCUAGGAAGAGGCUGACAAAAAGGAACGAAGAAGUGGUACGGCUGCUGGUGACCCGGCAAUCUCUGCAGAAGGCUGUGCAACAAUCCAUGAUGUCCUAAUCAAUCAUCAAGUUGG